AUGGGUCCUCGGAAGUGGUGGAAGAGAAGAGUUCAUAAAGGCCAUGAAUCACCAAGUUCAAGCAGCCACGAAAAUCCAAAUCCAAAUCCAGAUGCAGAUGCUAAUCCACCUUUGACCAAUCCCGAACCCAAUCCCGAACCUGCACCUCCCCCACAAUCUCUGAACGCUGCGCGGGACGCGCUGUGGAGGAAGGCGUACAAAACACUGCGAGCAGAGCAACCAGAUGCCAUCGCCAAUUACGUAGCAAUUGUCAAAGAUGAUGCUAAUCUACCGCAGGAUGCGAUUUUGUUCGACCACGCGACCUUUGCAGCGGUGCCGAGGACGCAAAAACAGAAGAUGGAGAAUAAACAAUGGACGUAUCCAUGGUUCGACAGGCCGCGCAAAAUCAGGGACACAAUAGAGGCCAUUCAAACUGUAAUUUCCGAAUCAUCUCCUAUCAUCUCCGCGGGUAUGAACUUUGCUCCUAUUUUCGUUUCGCUUCCGUGGUCCUUCAUUUCCCUUUUGAUUUCGUUUGCGAUGAGGGACUACACAGAGAUGCAGAAUGCCAUUGAUGGGCUAAAGGUGAUCACCUGCAUUCUGAGCAGCUACAGUUUGGCUGAGGAAGAAUUUCUGUCCGUCGAGACGACGAGAGUGGAUUUCGAGGCUACCGUAUUGGGAAUGUACACUAAGAUGCUUGAAUUCCAGGCCGCUGCCUCACAGUACUUUGCAGCAGGGACCCUCAGGAGACUUGGUAGGAAUGUGAGACCAGGGACGCCCUGGCAAGACGCACUUGCUGCCGUUGAACAAGCGGAAAAGCUAUGUCACAUGCUGAUCAACGCUCUGGCUGUUCGCCUUCAGCGGCGCGGAUUUGAAAGUCUGCAAACUCUGUUUAUGGAGAGGACUGCGUCCUUGAAUAAAGCGAUCGACGAGGCCUCCGCUAGGCGAAACAAGUCCCGGCAGGUUACUGAGUGGAUCUCCUUGAUUGACUCAUUCCAAGACCACGGGGAUGUGGGGAGGCGUCUAGGCGACGAAUGA